CCUCUACACUCUCUAAAUCCCAAGCUUUUAGCUUCUUUACAGUGAACAAAUUAGGAAGCAGAGGAGAGAAAUGAAGGGAGCACUCUGCCAUGAGCUGGAGGUCCAGGUCGACGCCAGUGAACUCUGGGAGGUCUUCAGCCACCUGAAACUCGGCCAGCUAGUCCCCCAAUUGCUCCCUAAUAUCUUCGAAAAGGUGGAGCUCGUCGAAGGGGACGGUGGCGUCGGCACUGUUCUGCUCUGCACGUUCGCCGCCGGAAUUGGAGGGCCGAGGCACUACAAGGAGAAGUUCGUGAAAAUUGAUCACGAGAACAGAGUGAAGGAAGCGGCUGGAGUGGAAGGAGGGCUACUGGAACUGGGCUUCACCUACUAUUUGAUUCGAUUUCAGAUUGUCGAGAAGGAGAGAGGCUCGUCCAUCAUCAGAUCCACGGUCGAGUUUGAAGUUGACGAAGAGCACAAGACCAAUGCCUCUCUGGCCAGUACUGACAUAGUUGCAGUCAUAGGUGAGGCUGUUGCUGGCUACCUUUUGGAGGAGAAGAAGAAGAAAGGUGAAGCUUUAAAUUCUUAAACGUGUAUUUUGUGUGGAUUGAUUGAAGCUGGACGAAUCAGCUUCCAAUAAAAGUGCUGUUGUCAAUCUCCGGUACAUGUGAUCAAAAUACAAUUGAUGAUUUGACAAACA